CAGAUCGUUACAGAUACGCAAAGCACUCCUUUCCACUCUCGUCCCGCUUCGCCUCUAUUAGGGCAGAGAAGAAGAAGAGAGAGACUCGUAAGCAACAAUAAUCCAUAGCUCUCUCUCUCUCUUCUCUUUACACAUCGCUGAUUCUUCUCUGAUUCUUACCCUCCUCGACGUCGUCUUCAGCUUUGUAGCAUCUCGCCGAAGCGUCGUAAGUUCUCUUCUUCUCUAACCUCUUUGCUCUUCAGAGUCUUAGAUCGAAUCUUCUCCUCAUUUACUGCAAUCUACGAUCAAACACAGUUUCAUUAUACGCCUCUAAUGGUUUCUCCAAGUUCGUGUUGAUUUGAGAGAGACCCAAUUUGGAUUUAGGACUUGUAUUUACAAAAAAAUGGGUUACAUAGGAGCUCAUGGUGUAGCUGCUCUUAAGAAACACAAAUACAGUGGUGUUGAUCAUUCUUAUCUUGCCAAAUAUGUUCUCCAACCUUUUUGGAACCGUUUUGUCAAAAUCUUCCCUCUUUGGAUGCCACCCAACAUGAUAACACUUAUGGGGUUCAUGUUUCUUCUCACAUCUGCUCUGUUAGGCUAUAUAUACUCACCUAAGUUGGAUUCUCCUCCUCCUCGAUGGGUCCAUUUCGCACACGGCUUACUUCUAUUUUUGUAUCAGACAUUUGAUGCGGUUGAUGGGAAGCAAGCACGAAGAACAAAUUCAUCUAGCCCACUAGGAGAGCUUUUUGACCAUGGUUGCGAUGCUCUUGGUUGUGCGUUAGAAACAAUGGCAUAUGGGAGCACUGCUAUGUGUGGAAGAGAUACUUUCUGGUUUUGGGUUAUUUCAGCUGUUCCAUUUUUUGGAGCAACAUGGGAACACUAUUUUACCAAUACGCUUACUCUUCCGGUAGUCAAUGGUCCUACAGAAGGUCUUGCACUUAUCUACUGUGGCCAUUUCUUCACAGCCAUUGUUGGUGCCGAGUGGUGGGCUCAGCCGUUGGGGAAGUCGAUUCCUUUGUUUAGUUGGGUUCCGUUUUUGAACGAGAUGCAAAUGUCCAGAAUAAUACUAUUCACGAUGAUUUUCUUCGCUGUUAUACCAACCCUUGCAAUCAACACGUCUAAUGUUUACAAAGUUGUACAGUCAAGAAAAGGAAGCAUGCUUCUAGCAUUAGCUAUGCUAUAUCCCUUAGUCACGUUAAUUGCAGGAGUUUUGAUUUGGGAUUACUUGUCUCCAGUUGAUCUCAUAAGAAACUACCCUCACUUAGUUGUACUGGGAACUGGUCUUGCAUUUGGAUUCCUUGUGGGAAGAAUGAUUCUAGCUCACUUAUGUGACGAACCAAAAGGAUUAAAAACAAACAUGUGUAUGUCAUUGCUUUACCUUCCCUUUGCACUAGCAAAUGCUCUAACCGCUAGACUCAAUGACGGGGUUCCUCUUGUGGACGAGUUUUGGGUUCUUCUUGGUUAUUGUGUAUUCACAUUGUCACUAUAUGCGCAUUUUGCAACUUCAGUCAUUCAUGAGAUCACAACUGCACUUGGAAUCUACUGCUUCAGGAUUACUCGUAAAGAAGCUUGAAGAAGAACAAUGUGAUUGAAAUUUUUAU